UGUGAGACAGAGACAGGUAAGAUGGCGGCACCAGAGACCGAACCAACACAGCAGACAACCGUAAGCAACGGCGAGGUGAGCAGUAAUGGAGCAGCUGCUGCUGGUCAGGUUGCACAGACAGGUGGGACUGCCCAGGACCCCCAACAACAACAACAACAACAACAACAACAGCAGCAGCCCAAUGCCUGGCAAGUCAUAAAGGGUGUUCUUUUCAGGAUCUUCAUCAUUUGGGCCAUUAGCAGCUGGUUUCGCAGAGGCCCUUCCACGCCAGACCCCAACACACCGGCUGGUGCCCCUCGAGUUCCCAGUCGCAACCUUUUCCCCAAGGACACCCUCAUGGACCUCUAUGUAUAUGUCUCUCAGGAUGAGAUAUUUUCUGACUUUAACAACACAGAAGCACUGUUCUGGUUCCAGAGGGACCUAGUCUAUGGAGACUGGACCACAGGAGAAACAGGGGAUGGCUGUUAUCAGCACUACCAAGAGCUGGACAUCCCUGAGAGGGUACAACAGAAUGGUUCUUUAUACAUCCACGUAUAUUUCACCAAGAGUGGCUUCCACCCAGAUCCUAAACGCAAGGGCCAGCAUCGCAGACUGGCUACAGUUCAUGCCACUCGAAUGCUGAACAAGUUUAAGCGGAGAAAGUUCCUCAAGACCAAGAACCUGUUGACAGGUGAAACAGAGGCAGAUCCUGAAAUGAUUAAGCGGGCGGAGAGUCACGGUCCUGUGGAGAUCAUAUCUCACUGGCAUCCCAACCUCACCAUUAACAUGGUAGAUGACCAAACAGCCUGGGUCAAAGGCUCAGUGCCCCCACCUCUUGACCAGUAUGUGAAGUUUGAUGCAGUGAGUGGAGACUACUACCCCAUAGUUUACUUCAAUGACUACUGGAACCUCCAGAAAGACUACUAUCCCAUUAACGAGACCCUGACCAAGCUGCCUCUGCGGCUUACCUACUGUCCCCUCUCCCUCUGGCGCUGGCAGCUAUAUGCUGCCCAGAACGCCCGCUCUCCCUGGAACUUCCUUGGAGAGGACACCUAUGAACAGUCUGACGAGGACCAAGACUCAGUGAAGGUGGCUCUCCUAGAGACAAAUCCCUACCUCCUGGGCCUGACCAUUGUUGUGUCUAUUGUCCACAGCAUUUUUGAGUUCCUGGCCUUUAAAAAUGAUAUCCAGUUCUGGAACAGCCGUCAGUCUCUGGAGGGGCUUUCGGUUCGCUCCAUCAUAUUCGGCGUGUUCCAGUCGCUGGUGGUGCUGCUCUACAUCCUAGAUAACGAAACCAACUUUGUGGUGCAGGUCAGCGUGUUCAUUGGGCUUCUCAUUGACUUCUGGAAGAUCACCAAAGUCAUGGACGUCAGGUUGGACAGAGAGAACAAAAUUGCAGGAGUAUUCCCAAGAUUGAUAUUCAAAGACAAGUCCACAUAUGUUGAGUCCUCCACCAAAAUCUAUGAUGACAUGGCCUUCAAGUACCUGUCAUGGUUGUUGUACCCACUCUUUGGGUGCUAUGCUGUUUACAGCUUAUUAUAUGUGGAGCACAAAGGCUGGUACUCAUGGGUACUGAGCAUGCUCUAUGGAUUUUUGUUAACAUUUGGUUUUAUUACCAUGACACCACAACUCUUCAUUAAUUACAAAAUGAAAUCAGUGGCUCAUCUUCCGUGGAGGAUGCUGACGUACAAAGCCCUCAACACUUUCAUCGAUGACCUAUUUGCUUUUGUCAUCAGGAUGCCUAUGAUGUAUAGAAUAGGCUGCCUCAGAGAUGAUGUAGUGUUCUUCAUCUACCUGUACCAACGCUGGAUCUACAGAGUAGAUCCCAACCGUGUCAAUGAGUUUGGCACCAGUGGAGUGGACCAUACCAAGGACAGCUCAGCACAGGCGACAGUGGGAGACGGAGCUGCUGCCAUCACAGAUAAACCAGAGGGGGAGAAGAAAAAUGAUUAAGCCAUUUUAUGCCUCCCCCCCCCCCUCCACCCUCACCCCUUUUGUCUUGUGAAGGUGCAUCAGAUCAUCUUUAAGACAAAAAAAAACAAAAAACAAAACAUAUGUUUAAUUGUCAGGGAAGUGAACUGGAUUUAUGCUAUUCUGUAAAAGGACACUGCAAAAAUCUCAGUUCAGCUUUCCUAUUUUUUUUUUUGUGUGUGGGAUCCGCAGAAAAAUCAUAUUUAAUGUAGAUAUCUAAAUUUCAUUUCUUUUGAUCUCCCAUAUUUUUGCAGUUCAAGUGAAGUAAAAAAUGUGAUGUACUGUAUCAUGUAUUUUUUUUGGGGGGUUGGUAACACUACUUUUCCGGAGAUUUGGGGUAAAGAGGAACUGGUGCCCAUGAGAGAGGUUGGAUGGAUGAGUCACAGUACAUAUCUGCAUAGACUUUAAAGUAAUCGAGGGGGAAAAAAAAGUCAAGUGCAACCUUUUUUUUCUGUGGAUUCCUUGUCAUGUUUUUUUUUUUUUUUUUUUUUUCCAUUCCAUGCGUGAGCGCUGUGUUUUGGGGUACCAGGGAACUGGGGAAUGUUGUAAGAGAGAGAGAAGGUUGUAGCCCUGGCUCUGAAGAAAGCCAAGAUGGCUGAUCUCAUCCGAACACUUCUCGCUAAAAAAAAAAAAAUAAAAAAAAAGUGACUUCCCUUAUUUUUAAACAAAAAUGGUUGAUGUUCCAAACUUGAACAAAAAAAAAAGCAGCCUUGUAGGUAUUAAUAUAUAAUUCUAUAUUAAUAUUAUUAAUAAUGGUGAAGACUAUGAUUUCAGUCACUGAAUUUCUUUUUGUAUGUCCUGAAACUGUACAGAAUCUCAGCUUGUAAACUUAAUUAAUUGUGCUGAUGUCAAAAUGUCUAGCAAUAGCUAAACUGCUGGUCCUCUCACAGAGGUCCUCUGAUUUUUUUUUUUUUGAAUUGUCCCAUUAAUAUUCAACACUCCAAAGCAGGAACACUGCUGAAUUACAGCUGCUGAGUCUGGUGUGUGUGUGCAAGACAACGGUUGUUUGGUCCCACAGUCAGCGAUGCCUGAGUCUGAACGCCUGGUUUGUCUUGCUUCUUCUUCUUCUUCUUCUUCUUCUUCUUUUUUGUUUUUUUUGGUGCCGUAAUUCUGAAUUAAUUGGGCUUUUAUUUUGGUACAUUAAAAUUUGAUCACUCAUGUUUAUAGUAAAGCAAAAGUGCAGUUCAAAGAUUUUAUGCAGACCUUGUUUUUGUUUAUUGCCUCAUGGGUCUCAAUGA